AUGCCGUGGAAGAAGAAACAAAAGAUUGAGAAUGGAGAAGAUGGAAGCAAUGCAGCUUUUCCUAUGAAGAAGUCCAAGAUAUCGGGAAUGACACCUGUAGCUAAGGAACGGUCAGUCAUGAGGCAGAAGGGGAAAUGCGCAAAGAAGGAGCCGCCGUCUUACGCAGCAGGGAGUGAAGAACAAAGUUGGUAUCUGGAAAUCCUUCAUAUUGGCCGUGUGAUCUGCCCAAAGUGCCAUUCAGUGAGCAGGAAGACCGUAGAAGGACUUAAAAAGCACAUUUCAAACUGCAGGAAGGAGCCGUACAUCUGCCGGCAAUGUGGUAAACAGCUUCACUCCUUGUCAGGCAUGAAAUACCAUGUUGUGGCUGAUCACAGUGAUGUGCCUGUCCUUGUUUCUGUGGAUGACUUCAAUGCUCCUUCCAUCAGACAGACACUACGCAAGGUGCUAAAGAGGAUUGGAAGACUUAAGUGUCCUUUAGAGGGCUGCCCUGGAACCUUUACCAGUGUUAUGGGCUAUCUUUACCACGCCAAGAAGUGCGGUAAGAAGGAGAGUGAGUUGGAUAAGAUGGUCCUUAAAUGCCGACACUGUGAAAAGGCGUACAGGUCCCGAGCUGGCCUCAUGUAUCAUCUGAAAUCUGAGCAUGGGGAGAUAACCUUAAUAGCAGGAGCUGGUAAACCUGAUGAGCACAUGGCGGAAGCACAGGAUCUGGGCCGGGUACAGCGGCGGUCAGCAAAAGUGGCCAGUUUCCACCUUCAGGCGAUUGCUUGUGAGGAGCUGAUCAAAGAGUGGCCCAAGAAAAAAGUUCUGCAGGAUCUGGUACCAGAUGACAGAAAGCUCAAGUAUUCCCGUCCGGGGCUACCGAGCUUCAGCCCAGAAGUCCUACGCAAGUGGCGUUCUGACAUGAAAAGGAAUCGAAAGAUUCGCUGCCCAAACCAGGGAUGUUCCUCUGUGUACAGCAGUAUCUCAGGACUGAAAGCGCACCUGGGCUCUUGUGCACAGGGAGACUUUGUGGCUGGGAAGUAUCGCUGCCUCCUGUGUGACAAAGAAUUCAUCUCCGAAAGUGGAGUAAAAUAUCACAUUAACUCCAUGCAUGCUGAGGACUGGUUUGUUGUCAACUCCAAAGCUAAUAGAACCCUGCAAAAACUUCUGAAAUCUCCAGCAGAGAAGGGAAAAAAAUUACAGAAAAAAAGGACCUGCUCAGGAAAGAUGAAAAUCCGUAAACCAGUGACAACGCUGCCUGACUCGUCUGAGAGCCCCGUGAUGGAGGGAGGAGAUGAGCAACAGGAAGGGCCAUGUUUAGGCAAAGAGGAUCCUGGCCCCCUGAGCAGCAGCUUGGAGGAGAACGCAGAAAGCAGUCAAGAAAUUGCACGGCAGGAACCCAAACCUUCAACCAGCCGUGCCAGGAAGCCAAUUCUAAAGCGAAGCCUAAGUCCAACCUUGAUUCAAAGUCCUGCAAAGUCAUGCACAGCAGAACAGUCUGUUGCUUCUCGGGGAAAAAGGGCUAAGAGGCUCAGGCCUGUGAAAGUGGGACACCAGCUGGUUUUAUGAUGACUGUCCUGACCCUUCUUGUUCAUGUGAAUAUUGUCUUUGUUUUGUUUACUUCUGUUUAAUCCCAUCACUUGCUCUGGUUCAUUAGCACAGGGUCCGUUAUCUAGUGGCACAUAGCACAUUCUCAACCAUCUCCAGUCCUAGAACCACUAAUAUUUGUUCUGUGUUUACUGGUCUAGUACAAUGGGCACAAAUUAAAGAGAUAUGAGUACUGACUAAAUACAUUAAACUCCUUGGUGCCUCAGCAGAAAGAUCACAUCAAUCCACAAAAGCAAACAUUUUUUUUUCUCUUUUUUUUCUCUUAGUCAAAACUCUUUUUUUUGGCUUUGUUAAGCAGCCUUGUAAGUCGUUUGCUUUUUCCACUCUGAACCCCUCUAGAUCAGGGGACCUCAGGGACCACUAAACUCACAAUUUUGAAUCCGGCGGACCACUAACAUGAUUUUUUUUUUAAAAAAAGGUACAAACCUCUAUAAUGUAUGUAUGUAUAUAUAUAUAUAUAUGUAUGUGUGGGGGGAAAAGAAUUAUGUUAAAAAGGACCACAAGACUUCCAAGUUACCUCCCUAGUUAGGAAUUAUUCAAAACUACUUAUGAUCAUGGACAGACAUUGGAGUCAUAAAUUUAGUUUAUAUCAGAAAGCUCUCAAUAUGGAUGUGAGUUAACCCCGACUGAUGUUACUGGCAAUUACUAUAAUACUGGUGGGAUAUGGCUGAUCUGCUGGAUGGCAAUUAAUAAUAAUUAAUUAAUAUUUAAUUAAAAAAAAGAAGAUGGAGGGGAGGAAGACAAACAGCAAUGUAAGUCCAUCUGAAGGAAUUAGGAAAACUACUACAAAGAGACAGGUUAAGGGAAGAAAAUAAAUGAAAUAUGAGAAAAAUGUUUUUCUUUUUUUAUAUACUUUAAUUCCACUAUUUCAAGCCAAGCGUAUACCAACUUCUGCUGGCUUUAGAAUGGAAGCAUCUUCCUCUGAGCAGUGCGCUGGGCUGGAGGAGUUAAAAAUGCAAUCUAGCUACUCAAGUUGCGCAGUUCUACGCAACGUGCGUAGGGAGAUUGUAAUUUAACUCCUCCUCUGUCGGUUUUCACUGAUGUCCAGCCAGGCACUGUAGGGAGUUGCGGCACGACGGGGAUGACACCAUCCUAGGAGAUCAAUUCCUGCUUGAUGGUGUCAAGGACCAUCAACAUCUUCCUGUGGACCACCAGUUGGCGACCGCUGCUCUAGAUACACCAUAAGUGCUGCUACUUUGAUCUAAUCACUCCCAGCCGUAUCAGGGAUACCAUAGAUAAGUUGAGGUCUCCUUCAUUCAGGGUUCCUUGUAUCCCUGAGCAUUUCCUUUACUUCUAGUGAUGCUAUGGACUAUGGUAAUCUCCGUGGAACCACAUGGUCCUGUUGGAACAUUUUUUCACUUGUACUGAUUUUGUGUUGCUCUUCACCUCUUGUCCAAUUGAUCUGUUCCUCCGGUUACAUUUGUGGAGUUAAUCAUGUUUUAUAUUUUGUUAUAGACUUGGCUGAGAGUUAUUUGUUUUCCUCUGUAUUCCCUGUUAUGGAUUUAUGUAUCAUGUUGUUUUACAUUUAUUAUUUCUUUUCCUGCAAAGUUUUUUAUUUUAAUGAAUGUAUUAUAGUUUCUUUUUCCUGAAA